AUGCGUUACGUUGCCGCUUACUUGUUGGCCUCCCUUGGUGGGAAUAAGAGUCCAUCAGCUAGUGACGUUGAAAAGAUCUUGGGAAGUGUUGGAAUUGAAGUAGACAAAGAAAAGGUGAAGAAAAAGCAAGAGGACAAGAAAGAAGCAAAGAAGGAGGAAUCUGAAGAGUCUGAUGAUGACAUGGGAUUUGGGCUGUUUGAUUAAUAAAUAGCUUUUAUAUUUUUA